AUGGUUCUCCCACGGAUCCCUCACGUCCUGCCGUGCCUGACCGUGCUCCUUUCCGUGCUGCUGGCACGUCCGGCAUGGAGCCUCCCGCCUCCUCUCCGAACCGCAAUCCGAGGUCCGGGUCAGGCUCGGUACGCAGCGUGCAACACAGGCAAGGGCCGCGCGGUGCUGUACAACUGCGGACUGCAAGUGGGCAACGCGACGGCCGGCAUAGCGUCGUUGCAUGAAGUGCCAUCGGCGCAGAACUACCUGGUGAAGCUGCGGCCGGAUGUACCAGCGAGCCGGGUGGACGAGAUAUGCGACCUGGCAGAGAGUAACAACAGCACGCUCUAUACAGGCACAUGCCUCAAACGCUUCAAGGCGUUGUACAACGGCAUGCUGAUGAGCAUAUCAGGCCAGUCGCUGCUGGCUCUGCUGGACGCCGAGUCUGCUCUCUUGCAAUUCGUUGAGGUCGAGGGCCAUGCCCUCAUCGCCUCUGCUCCUGCUCCUGCUUCUCGUGUUGCUGCCGCCGCCAACGCCGCCGCCGCCGCCACUGCUGCUGCUGCUGCUGCUGCUCGUGCUGCCACCACCACCGCUGCCGCCGGCGCCGCUGCUGCUGAUGCUGGAGAUGCGGCUGAUGCUCCGGAUGCGUCUGGUGGUGAUCUAGAUGGGUCACCUUCUAACAGUUCCGCUGUCCUGGCCUCUGCAUCUCUGGUCAUGCGCACACAGCGCAAGCCCCUGUCAUGGGGGCUGGACCGCAUAGACCAGCGCCCAGGCGCGCCUCCCCUGGAUGGCACCUACUCCUACCCGGCCUCUGCUGGCGCAGGCGUGCACGUCUAUGUGGUGGACACGGGCGUGCGGUGCUCCCACAGCGACUUUUAUUUCUCAGACGGCCGGCUCAACCCGACCACGCGCCGCCCCGCGUCGCGGUGCCUGCCUGGAGUGGACACGGUGGGCGAUGGGCGUGGGCAGGGCAUGGCGGACUGCAACGGCCACGGCACGCACUGCGCUGGCACGGUAGCAGGGCUGCUAAGCGGAGUAGCCAAGAGCGCCUUCAUCCACCCAGUGCGCACCAUGGACUGUGCGGGCAACGGUGCCUUUGGGGAUAUCCUGGAGGGGCUGGACUGGAUCGCCCGCCACUACCAGGCGCCCGCUGUGGUGUCCAUGAGCAUCACCAUGGCCACCAGUGCCAGCCUUGACGCCGCUCUCAAAGAACUGGUGGAGAAGACGGGGAUUACUGUGGUGGCAGCGGCAGGAAACUUCUUCUCGCUCGCGUGCAACUACUCGCCAGCAGACAGUGAUGACGUCAUCGCAGUGGCAUCCAGCACCAGCUCUGAUACCAUGAGCUGGUUCUCCAACUACGGCUCCUGCACCGACAUAUUCGCUCCGGGCGAUGAGAUAGUGAGUGCGGGGUCGGCAUCAGAUACUGCAAUGGCAACCAUGUCAGGGACUUCCAUGGCAUGCCCACAUGUGUCAGGAGCAGCAGCUCUAUACCUGUCCAUGCAGCCAGCAGCGCGCCCCAGGGACGUGCGCAAGGCCCUCUAUGACACAGCUUUCCAGAAUGCGGUGCAGGCAGUGAAGCCCAGCACAGUGCCGCGCCUGCUGUCCGUCAACUUCCGCCCCCUGCUCGUGGACGUGGCUCCCCGCUCCUUCCUCUCCAUGCCUGAGGGCGCAAGUGCACGCAUCAAGGUGGUGCUGCUCAAGGCACCUGCUGCUGACGUGGUGUUCACGGCUACUGCCGCUGAUACCAGUGUUGCGUCCUUCUCGCCCUCGCGCCUCACCUUUCCUGCUCGCCGCACGCCAGCAGCACAGUACAUCACCAUCCAACUCACCUACUCGCCCAAGUACCUGGAUCGAGCCACGCUGCUGGCUUUCACCUUCACCAGCAAGGACUCCGCCUUUGGGGCGUCCCUGGAGGGAUACGCUGUGGCGCUCGACAAAGAUGUGUGCAAGGCGCCGUGUGGGCAGAGCGUGGAGAAGCCCAAGGUGGUGCCAUCGCUGCCCUUUUACUACGAGGAUGACAGCACACACUACCGUGAUCUGUACAACGCCAAGCUCGACAAGUGCCAUGACACGGGGCCCGAUGUUGUUUUUCAAUACACCCCACCCCAGAACAUGGUCGUGUCAGUGGACCUGUGCAGUCUCACUGAGUUUGACUCGGUCCUGAGCGCAUAUGAGCGUACCAAGCCGUCAGGCAAGCCGGCAUCCAUCGCAUGCAAUGACGACUCCUGUGGCACCAAGUCCAAGCUCUCAGGCCUUAUUCUCGCUAAGGGCACCACCUACUUCUUUAUGGUGGACGGGUGGGGGGGCACAGGGGGCAAGUUCGCAAUCAACAUGGUGGUCACUAAGCUCACCACCUCACCAUGUGCUGACUGGCCCCUGGGGAGAGUGCUUCGUGUCAUGUGGUGUGUGGCAGCAGCAGAGGUAGGCGUGGGGAUGGGAGGGCAUGGCAUGGGGUGGCAUGCCUGGGGUGGCGAUAAACGAGCCGUUAAUGUCCCGUGCAAGCAAUCACCAUUCCACCUCAAGCUUCCUCUCCUGCGUCUCUGCUGCUCACUGCUGUCUGUCACUAGCAUCUUCGUCACCUCCUCCACCCAUCUCUGCAUACGUCUCUAUCAGCACCCUUCACUUCCUCCACACCACCCUGUUUUCCCACUUCCCUGCCAAUCGCCCUCCCUUCUCAUGCAAACCCCUCUGUCUCGCCCCAAUCAGAAUGGCGUGUCGCAGUGUGCAGUUUGGUUUGGAGGGGGCACCAACGUGGAGGAGAGCGGUGCUUUGAUGCAUCCACAGAUCCCAGUCAAGCUCCCCCUCCUGACCUUUUUCCCCGGCUGCAAUGUGCCGUGUGGAGGGGGUGUGAACGUGCGGUCGGUGGUGCGUCGAGACGCCGUGCAGGGCAACAUGCUCGACGACUCCCGCUGCCCCUCCGCCCCUACUCCCCUCUCCCCUCGCCCUUCCCCUCACCAGGGCUGCAACGUGCCGUGUGGAGGGGGAGUGAACGUGCGGUCAGUGGUGUGUCGAGACGCCGUGCAGGGCAACAUGCUCGACGAUUCCCGCUGCCCCUCCGCUCCCCCUCCCACCAACCAGUCGUGCAACACUCAGCCGUGCUCCAUCUAUACCUGGAGGCCCAGCGGCUGGUCUCCCUGCCAGUACUCCCUGACCCUCCUGUCAGAUGCACCUGCUGAGAUGACACACAACAGCAGCAGCAACAGCAGCAACAGCAGAAGCAACAGCAACAGCAGCAACAACAGCAGCAGCAGCAGAAGCAGCAGCAGCAGCAGCAGCAGCAGCAGCAGCAGCAGCAGCAGUAGGAGAAGCAGCACCAGCACUAACAGCAGCAGCAAUCAGGAUAACAGCAGUAAUGGAAUGGGGUGGAGCGUGGUGGAGGAGGAGGUGAUGCGGGUGUACGGAUGGAGAAGAAGGGAUAUUAAGUGUGCGAGCAUGAGAGGCCAAUCAGUCCAAGACUCGUUCUGCUCCGCCUCAAUCAAGCCUGCUACGUUCUCUCCCUGCCUCCCACCUCCUCCACUCCCCUCCACCACCUCUGAUGCUACCUCCUCCCCUUCCGUUUCACCCUCUGCCUCCACCAACGCUCCCAAUAUUACCACUGGCAUCGCUCCCAGUAAUGCAACUGUUACCGCCACCAUCAGACCAAUUAGCCGCAGCAGCAGCAGCCACAGCAGCCGAAACAGCCACAGAAGCCGAAACAGCCACAGCAGCCGCAACAGCCAUAGCAGCCGGAAAAGCCACAGCAGGAAAAGCAGGCACGGCAGGAACAGCAAGCACCGCAGACACAGCAGGCACAGCCGCAGCAGCCGCAACAGCAACAGCAGCAGCAGCAGCUCUUCCCUCCUCUGCCCCACCCUCUCAUGCAUACACGGCACUUGUCAGGUGGGAGCAUGUGUGUGCAUGGAGGGAUGGACGGGCGCUCAGUGCAGCGAGCUUCAUCCCUGUGGAGGCAGGCCC